AUGCCGCUAACUCUCUGCCAUCUGUAUUUCAAAGCAACUCGGAUUGCCUCCAACUUACGAAACCGCGGCAUUCAAGCGCUUCAAGCCAAGUCCUACCGUCUUGAAAAGCUGCGGAUCAGCUACUUGACUAAAGUGCCCGUGUCGAACAAACUCGCCGCUACCUUGAUAUCAUUCGACAUCGAUACAGACCACAAGAUCAUGGGCUUCUUCGGUGCAGACGUCUUUCUAGAGGACCUUGUCGAAUGUCGCCAAAUAUUCUGCUCUUCCUUCCUCGUCAACGCUGUUCUAUGUCUUGCAUGCCAAGAGUAUACAGCUAUUAAACCUCAUACAAACCUCAUACGUCCUGCCGCGUUCAGAGAAGCGGAAAUGCUAUGGCAAGGAGAGGGAUCCGAUGGUUCGCUUGUGUCGCUAGCAGCGAUGGGAAUCUUUAGUGCAGCAUGUAUUUUUGAAGGCAAAGACAAAACUGGCCAGGAAGUGGCUACGAUAUUACGCCAGGAGGCUGAGCGAUUGGGCGUCUGCAAGAGCUCUGCGAGUAGUUCAACUACAGCUACUCUCGACUUGGGGUCUCCCGAAUUGGUGAGGGCAACCUCGCAAAUUGCUUGGGGAGCCUAUAACUGGCUAACGUAUGUGAUAUCAAGUCGAAAUCAGGCGUACCUUAACCGUACUAUCAUAGGAUCCAUGUCAUCUUCUAUCAUCGCAAACCCCUCCGAUUUCCUCCGGCUUUACCAAUCCCCGGGGAUCCUCAGAAUUGGGAUCUGUCACACGCAGGUUAUCCACGUCAUCUGGGCACAACGUUCCCUAACACAUGCCAUCUCAGACGAAACACCAAUUUCGGAACGUCUCAAAGAUCUGGUCUUUUCCUACCGCGCGAAUUACCCCGAGGCUUCUUUUACCUCCUACUUCAACCCUGGGCUCUUUACCCUUAGCCUAGCGCUGUUAGAAGAUCUUCAGGACCCCUUAUGGCGCUACUACUUUUAUAUCUGUGUACGCUGCUGGCAAGACUUAUACUUCUGCUACCCAGUAUUUCGCGACGUUGCUAAGGCAUUUUUAUCCAUGGCUAUGCAAAAAGAUGCCAUUGCGGCACGAGAAACCCAGGAACUCUUACAAGAGAUUGAGCAGAGCGCUCAGCAUCACGCUGCCGCUAACGAGGCUUUUACAAGCUUCAUCUUCGAUCCUGUGUUUAGUAUAACUAGCGAAGCACAGGUGCAUGCCAUGGCGGAUAGGUUUGAAGAGAUGGUUCUAUUCAAUGAGUUCAUAGAAAGAGACUUUACCUGA